CACUGCAGCUCCAACCGCCAUUCCGAGUGCUUCAAGUCGCUCCCAACGUCCCAAGAUGACGGCGACCCUUCCGCAGGACUGCUGCUGGGGUAUACCGGUGGUGGCUAUGUGCGUGUCCUUCCUUCUUUGCAUGACACAGUCCAGCACGGGAUAUUUGUACGUUCUCUUCAUGGAGAAGUAUGACGUCAAUCGCGAGACGGCUUCGUGGCCGGAAAGUAUCAUCAUGCUUACGCAGAACCUGGGCGGUUUUGUGGUCACCGUGCUUCACAGCAAAGUCCCCAUCUUCUACGUGUUGCUUUUUUCGGCUGCCCUCUGUUGCGCUGGCCUUGUGGGCGCUUCCUUCGCACCAGAUAUGAAGUGGAUGAGCGCCAUGCUCGGAGGAGUCUACGGCCAGGAGCAUCCGAAGCGUAGUCGCUGGAGUCUUGCGCUGCCUCCUGGAGAGGCCCCAGUCUUGCAGCAGGGUCGAAGUUUCAAAUGUGGCCACAUGUUGGUCAGAGCGGCCACAUUGCAGCAGUCGCCUCAAGGCACGGGCUCUGGAGCAUCGAUCAUUUCCUUCACCGUGUUCACGAUGUUGUACUUCGACAAGUACAGAGCCACGGCCACAUCCUGCAACAGCAUGGGCGUUCCUUACAGAAAGACGGCGUCCACAGAACGGCAGCCGUCGCCCUCUAAGUCAAGCAAAAGUAUUUUGGAACAGUUGACCAUUUUUCGCAUGCUUGCUUUUUAUGUACUCCUCAUCGUGUACGCCCUGUGCGAUUGCACCAUAUCGAUGCACACGACGACCAUCGUAGACUACGGUCGCGACAAAGGUUCUGCACUCGAGAAGGCUAAGUUGGUGCUCACGUACAAUGCAGCGGGUCAGUUUGUGGGAAGGACGCUAUUGCCGUUUGCCUCGGACAACGUGGCAAAUAGCCGGUGCCCGUUUGCCGUCGCUUGCUUCGUCGGUGCCGGUGCAUGGUUGGCUCUCAUACCGGUCGUGCAGUCAUUAACUGCUUUUGUGGCGUUAAACCUGGUGUUAGGAGUGUGCCAGGGAUACGUGACAUGUAUCCGAAGCGUCCUGGUCAACGACUACUGCGGAGUGGAGCGGCUGCCUACGUUCUUCGGAAUACUCGGAAUGGCCUUGGUGCCGCUGUCGUUCAGUGGACCAACAAUUAUUGGUUUUUUUCGAGACACCCUCGGGUCGUACGACAACUUCUACCGGAUGCUGGGGGCCGGAAAUAUUUGCAUCGCGGCAUUGCUGUUUGUUCUGGUGUGGCGUGACAAGACGCGAAGGAAAUCAUGUGACUUACUCACAUAAGCAUUGGGAGACUGAAUCAAAUUG